GGUAAAUACACUCGCUAUCAACACAGAGCGGCCCGGAGAAACUGCUUCACUUUUUCUUACCAUCCCGCUCUUUCUAUUUCUCUCUUUUCUGUCUCUCCCUCAACACACGCACCCUCUCAAACUCGUUUCAGAAUGAUGCGACCCAAGGAUCUGCGGCAGGGCUCGGGCACCAAGACCUUCCUGGACGCCAUGCACGAAGGCAAGGUCCAUUUGGCGCGCUUCAUCCUCGACGCACUGGACGGCCGCAUCAUCAACUCCAAGACGCAGAACAACCGUACUCCUCUCAUGUUCGCCGUGUGCCUGCCGGAGCCCGGUGCCAGGGCGAAGUUCACCCGCCUGCUGCUGGAGAAAGGCGCCGACGUCAACUGUCAGGACGAGAACGGACGCACCGCCCUGAGUCUGGCCUGCGAACUCGGCCACCUGGACGUGGUCAAACUGCUGGUGCAGUUCAACGCUGACCCCGACGUGUCGGAUGCCUGGGGGAACAGCGCCCUGGUGUACGCCUCCUACGCAGGCCACAGCCAGGUGUUGGAGUUCCUGGUCAAGGCCUUCAAGAGACUGGGCCUCCGGCUGGACCGAACCAACAACGCGGGCCACUCGGCCAUCCAAGUGGCUAACUUCUUCGGCCACAAUCACUGCGUCCAGGCGCUGAACGGCCCUGGGAGGAGGUGCGUGGGGUCAGAAGUAACCGUUGGCGAGGCGGGAGAGGAAAGACGGCAGCCCAACAAGCUGUCCCGGCAGGUUCUCGAGAGGUUCUCCAAGCCGCUCCACAGCGAAGAGCAGCUUCCAGGAGUGUUUCAGAGACAGCUGAAGGUCGGGGACAGCAACGGACUGUGGAACCGCUUCAGGUGUCAUGAUCAGUCCAGCGAGAACAACAGCUGUCACCAGAGUGUCCCUCCUCACCACCUACAGAGAGCCCAGGCGGAGGAUGACAGAGACGUUAUAUUCACAGCCAAGCAGCUACAGAACGGCAAGCUUAGGGACCUGAGAGGGGUUAAGACGCUGAACCACCUGCCUGACCCAUGUCAGAAAGAUUCCACUCAGGAUAGAGGACUGAAACAGCAGGCGCAAGAGAGUUUCCCCCUCUGGGGCAAAGCUAAAUCAUUUAACCUGGACCUCUUAAGCAGCAGGAAACAGUCGUACCAAGGGGAUAUGGGCGACAUGAGGCUAUCGGCCAGUAAGUUCAAGAGAGGCUCGCUGCAGGACGAGAGAUUCUUGAUCGCCAAGAUUGAAUGUCGAGAGAAAACAGGUGCAGUCACAAGUAAUGCUGACAGAACUGUCACGGCAAGAGGCCUUUUAAACGGCAAAAGUAAAUCUCAGAGAGCUGCGCCCGAGGAAAACGCGAGGUCACAGAAAGAUGAAAAUAAUGACAUGUCAAGCAGGAGAGCGUCUCAGAAAAGGGACAGCCUUCCAAGCGGGAGGAAGCUUCUCUUCAACAGAGGAGAGAUGGAGCCGGACAAGAUCCCCAUCCGUCCUCCAGGAUUCACCGGGCUCGGGACUAGGCUGCUACGACGCUUCACCGCCCCCGAGUUCAUGAGAAUGGUUAUAGACUGUUCCUCCGGUUCCGCGCAUGGAAGAGCGAGAAUGUCCAGGUCCGAAACGUUCCCUUUCUCACACGCGCAUCAGAAAGUUAACAGCCAGCCCAGCGUCGACAGCAUCAGCGGAGUCAAGUGUGAAUUCGAAAGCAGCUCACGAGUCACUCUUGAUUAAAAUACUAGGCUAUAGAAAUGUAUGGCAGUCGAUUUAUUAUAGCACUUAAAAUUACACACAUAUAAAAUGUGUGGUCAUAUAUUACUAUUUCAUUCACUUGUAAAGAAAUACAAUAAUAUAACGUUUAAGAGUUCGAGCGCUCUGUAAUUUCAAUAAUCUCCUUCUGUUACUGCUCAGACGGUUGGUCUGUCGCUUUUGUAUAUAAUGUAUAUAAUUGCACUCUGAAGAGCUAUUGAUAAACAAUUAUUUACAAACUGUUCAUAUUAAAUAUAAUUUAUAUUGUACUGAAGAUGCAGUUUCUAUGCUUGCUCUACACGUCGCUGUAUCUGCAACUGUGUGAUUUGCAAAUAUAGUGUCUAUUAAAUAUAUAUUAAAUAUAUCCCCAACAUCUUGUAUUUGUUUCAAAGACCAGUAGAGAGAGACAGAGAGAUAACAUUAAAUAGAGCAGUACUAUUGGAUUUAAUAUGCAUUAUUUAUUGAUUUAUACAAAAUUAAAAUAAUGUUUAUUUCUCUAUUUUCAUGACUUAC